GUCGGCCAGAAGGAUAGUUUCGGUAUUGGCAGCAUUGACACUGCUCAUGACAAGCGCGCCCAGUGUGCAGGGUUUUGUCGACGACGACAAGAGUGUCGAGGACGACCAGCGAAGGCGGUGGGUGGUGGGUGUUGACGUCGAGGAGCGUGUUUGACCGUGUUUACGCCCGACGCGCACCUUGCCACUGGUUACUAAACUUGGCCGUGACCGCGACUGUGCCGAACAGGCGUCAGCGUGGAUUCGACCCUCUCCUCGCCAUCCUCCUCGUCUAGCAUGGCACCCAAGCACUGGCUCAUGAAGGCAGAGCCCGACUCCCGUAUUGUCAAGGGAAAGGACGUCAAGUUCAGCGUGGAUGAUUUUGCAACGGUCAGCACGACUGCCUGGGAAGGCGUAAGGAAUGCCGAGGCUAGGAAUAUCAUGAAGAGCAUGCACGUUGGCGACAAAGUUCUGUUCUAUCAUUCCAAUUGCAAGAAUCCUGGCAUAGCCGCUUUUGCGGAGGUUUCCAAGGAAGCGUAUCCAGAUUAUACCGCCUGGGACCCGGACCACCCGUAUUAUGAUGCUAAGACCGACAAGGCAAACCCAAAGUGGUACAUGGUCGAUGUGACCUUCCGCUCUCGCGCGAAGCACUUCAUUCCUCUAUCUCUCAUCAAGCAUCUGGCAUCCUUGUCCUCAUCUUCGGUCUCGGAUCCACCUGAUGAAGUAGACUACAUAGGCAAAGAGGGCAUGAAGGCCAUCAAAGAGAUGGCACUCAUCAAUCGAGGAAGAUUGAGCGUCCAGCCGGUCGAAGAGACGACAUGGGCCGUCUUGGAAAUGCUGGCCGAACGGGGUGGUUGGGAUGAUAUGAAUACCAAACCUUCGAAGCGGAAUACCCGGAAGGUACCAGCUAAGAAGCCCCAGACUCAAAAGACGAAAGGCAAAUCUUCAGCGAAAGAGGACCUUGAGGCUUUCCAGGAUGAAAGCAAUGUAGAGCAAAUCGACGCGGGGGAAGAUUAUGAACCAGGACAUGCGACCAUCGGUAAAACGAGAGGUCGCAAACGGAAGGCGGAGACGGCGGUCGACGCCAGUAGCGAAGAGCCGCCUGCUCGUAGAUCCACGAGGGCAAGGAACUGAACUAGAUACCCCUUGGGUUUUUCCCGAUAUACCUUGUCUUCUUGCAUGUUGUAGAUAACAGUUCGCCAUACCCUUCCACUGGCUUGAUGGACCUAGUUGUUUAUUGGCCUCAGUCAGACAUAUAAGCUGAGCAUCGUCAAGUAAUGCUACAGUGAGUUGAUAUAUUGGCAAGAAGACUACACUACGG